CGGCCGGGAUGCGCAUGCGCAGUCAGUAGCGGCAAUCAGUCGGUGAAGAGCCGGGCAUUGAAUUGUAUUGCGGUUGUGAGUAGUGGAGAGCACGGAUCUGUUGUCACCAUGAAUACAAAGGCACUUUCUUCUCAGCUCAAGGACAGUAUCCCAAUUACUGAACUGUCAACCCAGUAUGGGGGUUAUGGACUCCAGGAUACUCUCCGAACAGGGUUUACAAGUGCACAGAGUGAGCUCUUACCAAGCCAUGCUUUAGAACUGUCAGAAAAUAAUUUCCAGCUCAAUCAGGAGAAAGUCAGCUUUUCAACUUUAAGAAACAUUCAAGGCUUGCAUGCUCCUCUGAAACUACAGAUGGAGUUCCAGGCAGCGAAACGGGUUCAGCGUCUUCCUUUUCUACAGAGCUCUAACAUUGCUCUGGACACCUUGAGAGGGAAUGAUGAAUGUAUUGGCUUUGAAGAUAUCCUCAAUGAUCCUUCUCUGAGUGAGGUGAUGGGAGAACCACACGUGAUGAUGGAAUACAGGCUGGGCUUGUAAUAUAUGAUUACAGUUAUGAAUAAUUGUUUGUAAAUGUCUCAGAACGCCAUGUGUGUUGGAUCUGGUCAUCAAGACAUCAACCCUGUCAGACUUCUUCAGUAAAGCAGAACAAAGUGUAGCAGUGAUGUGCUUAGUCUAGUAAACCAUAACCCUUAGAUUUUACCUUGCUGGAGUCGGUCAAAGAUAAAUUCUGAUUGGUUACUGUGGUUAUCUGCACCUAGCACUUUGUGCUUUUGCCUUAUUGAAUAAGACUAUGCAGGUCUUUUCCUGUACACUGUAAUAAUACAUAAAACAUCAGUACAAGAUUCAGACAAAUGUAGUAGUUCUGCAAAAACAUGACAUUUAAUAAGUGACAAUAAAUGAUUUUUUUUUUAUAGUC